CACUUUGGCUUCUCAGGGAAACACAGGGACCCACCCCCUCCAAGCUCCACCCUUUCCUUGUGGGAGGAUAGCAAAGUCCCUGCUGCCCCUGGGCCCUCCCACUUCCUUUCUAUAAAGCCCUCAGCUGGGGCAGCUGAGCACUUUGCCAGCCAGCCCUGCAGAGUUCCAGUGCAGGUGUUGCUUCACACAGGUGGUGUCUCAGGCAGCAUCCAGAGGUCAGGGCAGCAUGGAGCUCAUCCAGGAUACGUCCCGCCCCCCGCUGGAGUACGUGAAAGGGGUCCCGCUCAUCAAGUACUUCGCAGAGGCGAUGGGGCCACUGCAGAGCUUUGAGGCCUGGCCAGACGACCUGCUCAUCAGCACCUACCCCAAGUCUGGCACCACCUGGGUGAGCGAAAUACUGGACAUGAUCUACCACGGUGGUGACCAGCAGAAGUGUUCCCGGGCCCCCAUCUACAUCCGGGUGCCCUUUUUGGAAUUCAAAGCCCCUGGGGCCCCCUCAGGUAUGGAGACUCUCAAAGAAACCCCGGCCCCACGGCUCCUCAAGACGCACCUGCCACUGGCCCUGCUCCCCCAGACUCUGCUGGAUCAGAAGGUCAAGGUGAUUUACAUGGCACGUAACGCAAAGGAUGUGGCUGUCUCCUAUUACAACUUUUAUAAUAUGGCCAAAGUGCACCCUCAUCCCGGCACCUGGGACAACUUCCUGGAGAAGUUCAUGUCUGGGAAUGUGUCCUAUGGCUCCUGGUACCAGCACGUGCGGGAGUGGAGGGAGCUGGGCCGCACCCACCCUUUGCUCUACCUCUUCUAUGAGGACAUGAAAGAGAACCCCAAGAAGGAGAUCAGGAAGAUCCUGGAGUUUGUGGGGCGCUCCCUGCCGGAGGAGGUUGUGGACCACAUCGUCAAGUGCACAUCCUUCAAGGAGAUGAAGGCCAACCCCAUGACCAACUACAGCACGCUGCCCUCCAGCAUCAUGGACCACAACGUCUCCCCCUUCAUGAGGAAAGGUGUGGCGGGGGACUGGAAGUCCACCUUCACUGUGGCCCAAAACGAGCACUUCGAGGCCCACUAUGCCCAGAAGAUGGCUGGCUGUGACCUUCCCUUCCGCUCCGAGCUGUGAGGGCUGUGUGCGCAGCUGCAAGGGGGGGGGGGCCCUGCAAGACAAUCUAAGCCCAUCGGCUGGACAAUAAAAUAGGAUUCGUAUCCA